CGCUGAGUACCCCUCAGUGUAUAUGUGUGUAAAAGGCCCGAGUGUGUCAGAGAAUCGAAGCCAGAUCUCAGUAGCUUCAAAAAUGACUGGCGCUGUGUUGCGUUACGUUUGUAUGUUUUAAGCCAUGCCCUGCCUCGUUCCCUGAUCACUUACACCACCGUUUUCCUCCUUGUGUUGUAUCUCUUAUCACUCGCUCUCUCCAUCAUCCUCAUACUGCCAUACCCAACCAUGACUUUUAGCACUACACACAUACAACUCUGGCUGUGGCUGGCAGUAGCAGCUGGGUUCCUCUAUACAAUAUGUCUUAUAGUAUAUCGAUUGUACUUGCAUCCACUGGCCAAGUACCCAGGGCCACUAUUGGCUAAGCUCACGGAUGCGUACAUGCUCUAUUACGCCUGGAAGGGAGACCGGCACUUGGAGUUCUGGAGGAUGCACCAAAAGUAUGGCAAGUUCGUGCGCUUCGGGCCAAACUCGCUCUCGGUCAACUCCAACACGGCCCUGAAGGCAAUAUACGGCUUCAAGGCCAAUGUACGCAAGGCAGAAUUCUACGAUGCCUUUGUGCAUCCGGCUCCCAACACCCACAACACCCGUGACAAGGAGUUGCAUGCGCGGAAGCGCCGGGUGCUCUCACACGCCUUCUCCGACGGCGCCAUUAAGGAGGUAGAACGCUACAUACUGGCUAACAUCCGAACCUUCUGCGAAGCCAUCGGGGAUUUUGGUAGGGCCAUCCCCGAGAGGAAGGGAUGGAGCUCGCCAAAGAACAUGUCCGACUGGUGCAACUGGCUCGCCAUGGACAUUUUGGGCGAUCUCUGCUUCGGAAAAGCAUUCCAUAUGCUGGACCGUCCGGAUAACCGAUACGCCGUUGAUCUCGUCGGCGUCGCGGCGCAACGCCAUCUCCUCUGUGGCACCAUGCCAAUCGUCAACAAGCUCAACCUCGACAAGAUCCUGUUCCACAAGAUCGCCGCCGGACGAGCCCGGUACAUGGCCUACAGCCGUGCCCAGCUCACUGAGCGGACCGCCCUCGGCGACGAGACCGACCGCAGGGACUUCUUCUACCACCUGCUCAACGCUCGUGAUCCGGAAACUGGCCAGGGAUUCUCGACCCCCGAGCUCUGGGCCGAAUCUAACCUUUUAAUCAUCGCGGGCUCCGACACGACCUCAACCGCCAUGGCCGCAACUCUGUUCUACCUCGUGCGCCACCCCGCGACACUCGCCAAAGUCACCGCUGAGGUGCGCUCGACCUUCUCCUCAAUCGAGGACAUCCAUCAAGGCGCGCAGCUCACCUCAUGCACGUACCUGCGGGCGUGCAUCGACGAGGCGAUGCGCCUGUCGCCGUCGGUAGGCGGGCUGCUGCCGCGCGAGGUGCUGGGGGGCGGCAUGACCAUCGACGGCGAACACGUGCCCGCGGGCACCGUCGUCGGCACCCCGCACUACGCCAUCCACCACCACACGGACUACUACCCGGAGCCCUUCGCGUACCGGCCGGAGCGGUGGAUCGUUGACAAGGAGGCCGGGGUAACUGAGGAUGACGUGGCGCUCGCGCAGAGCGCCUUUUGCCCCUUUUCAAUCGGCCCCCGGGGGUGCAUUGGUAAGGGGCUGGCGUACGUCGAGAUGAGCAUCACGCUGGCAAGAGUGCUGUUCUUGUACGAUCUUCGCAAGGCCGUGGGCGUAGUCGACCCCGGUGAAGGGAAGGAAGGGGCUGAAUGGGGAAGGCACCGGGUGGGUGAGUUCCAGUUGAUCGACACCUUUACCAGCAUGAAGAAUGGUCCGAUGGUUGAAUUUAGGAGGAGGAGCUGAAAUGAGAGCGAGGGAUGGGUGGAGGGAAGCGUUGAGGCGCGAGGGUGGUGGAGGGAAACUGCCAUCGCGGGGCGACGGGUUGAGUUGAAGCGAUGAAUUGGAUGCGCCGCGCUGUGGCCAUGUCCAUAGCUACCUACCUGUGUCACCACAUAUCGACAAGGUCGUAUGCAGCCGUAGAAAGCAAUUUAUUACACAGAAAUCGACGGG